AAUGAUAGUUGUGUAAGAAAUUAAUGAUAAACAAGGCAAUUCCUCUAAUACAUUUGCAUAUAUAACCAAUAUAUAACCACGCGUCUGUGGUCGGAUAGUCAAGGCGUUCUGUAGAUCCCAAAAAAUCCGAGUUCGAAUCCGCACUACACCAGAUUUUUAUAAGUGUGGUCACCGGAACUUUUACAUUCUUUUUUCAGGGAAUAGUUUACUGUUUUCUUUUUACAUUUGCAUAUAUGAGAAAUUAAAUAAAAACAAUAAAAUAGUUCUUAAGCAUACAAAGGGUACAUAAUCAAUGCAAACAACACGUAAAGCCUCAAAUUAUUGUCGAUAGUGGUCUUGUUUACUAUUGUGGUGUUCAAGUCAAAAAAAAAGGCUACGAUGGCAGAAAAUCGAAAUUAUGAUUCAAAUCAUUACCAAAACGUAAUUUGACACUGUAGCAUAUAGUCUCUUGUGAAAUCAAAUUUUAAGACUUUCUUAACUCCAUUAAUAUUGUUAAUUCAUGAUGUACUACACUUAUAGUUUCAUCACAUAUUACAAUUUCUAAAUGACAUAAGUGUGGCUCAAACUCUAGCGAUGGAGAACUAUAGCAUUUAAUAUACAAAGCUAAUACAAUAUGGUAGACCACAAAACUAAUCAAUACAUUAUCAUAUUAUGUGAUUGUUUAUGAUUGAGAGAACAUAUAAAAUAAGUCGGCCCAAGAAAAAGCCUUUCUCACUCAUCAUCAUAAUUUCCCUUUAUAAAUCCACCCAAAGUCAGACACUAAACAAUUCUCCAUUUACUAUUUCCUAGUUCGCUCGUGCACAUCUCCAACGAUCCCAAUCCUAAAACCAUCACUUAUUCCAAUCUUUUUCAACAUCUCUUGAAAACACCAAUCUUAUAAAAGAAAAAAAAAACAAGAGAAUCCUUCUUUUUUGGCACAAAUAACAUAAAGAUCAUCACCUUUUUGUUUGUUUCGUCGAUGGCAACUUCCGGUAACAUUACAACGGCAGGGACAGGUUCACCGUGCGGCGCAUGCAAGUUCCUGAGAAGGAAAUGUUUAUCAGAUUGUAUAUUCGAACCUUACUUCUCAUCCGAGCAGGGAGCAGAAAGAUUCGCAGCUAUUCAUAAGGUGUUUGGAGCCAGCAACGUCUCUAAGCUCUUGCUUAAGGUCCCAAUCCAUGAUCGAUGUGAAGCUGUUGUCACCAUCGCCUACGAAGCUCAGGCUCGUCUUCAUGACCCUGUGUAUGGCUGUGUCUCUCAUAUUUUCUCCCUCCAACAACAGGUGGCUUACUUGCAAGCACAAGUCAUGCAAAUGAAGGCACAUAUCGCCGGCCACCAGACGUCAGCCGCGGAAGGUACUCACCAAUUCGCGACGUGGCAACAAACUAGUGGCUCACCGAUCGAUAGUGCGUACUCAACACCAUAUAACCAUCACCAUCAUACUUACUACGGUCACAUAAACCCUAAUAAUCCGGUCUCGCCACAGAGCUCGCUAGAAGAAUCUUUCAGCAAGACGAGCAGUGACGUCACAACUACAGCUAACGUGCGUGAGACUCAUCAAACCGGAGGUGGCGUAUACGGUCAGGGUGAGUUAGGGUUUCAGGAAGGAUAUCCUAACAAAAAGAGAUCAGUGAGUUAUUGUGAUAGCGAUUUAGGUGAGCUUCAGGUUUUGGCUCUUAGAAUGAUGAAGAAUUAAGAUAAGUUUUUUUCUUUUGUUAUUGCUAAAAAUUAAGAGGAGUUGGUACUUUGGGAAAAAAGAAUAAAAAAGAAUAGCUGGUAACUUAUGUAGACAGACGGCGAAGAAACGAGAUGGUUUUUGACAAGAAACAAAAGAUGAUAACAAAACAUUGGAUAUUCACAUGCUAUCAUCAAUAAAAAAAAAAAGGUGUCAUACCUGUUUGUUCUGUAAUUGUUAGCGAUCGCGGCUAAAGUUAAGCAGUAACUAGCUUAUAUUCAAUGACAGGUUUCAGCGAAUUAUCGUAAUUGACUUAACAACUCAUUUCAUCCAAAUUUAUGCAAAAAGAAAAAACUCAUUUCAUCGAUAUAGUGUUACAUGUCUUAAAUUAUAUUCAUUAAGGUAAAUAAUAAUACGAAAUUCACGCACGAUGAUUGCAUGUCAUAAAUUCUCGUAAACUUGUUUUCGGAUUUUAAAGGUCAGUAGUAGAAAUGCUUCUAUGUACGCAGAAAAUAAACUAGAAAAGAAAGACAUAUAUAUAUAUAUGGUGAACAUAUAUAUUUCUUGUGAAGAUAGAGCAGACUUUACACCAUCUUUAACAAAGAAAGGUGUAAGAGCACAAUUAUCGAAGGGUUUUUAGGGUAGGGUUAUUAGCGGAAUAAAAAAAUCCGUCUCUUUAUUUUUAAUUAAAAAAACUAAGAACCGGUUCUUAAAUAAGAGUUUUAAGAGCCGGUUCUUAACUUUUUUUUAAUUAAAAGUUAAAAGACGAAUUUUUAUAUUCCGCUAAUAACUUCACUCUAAGAACCCUCCAAUAAUCAGGUUCUAAAUGGUAAGCAUAAAAAACAAAGUAAUCAAUAUUUAAGUUUACAAAAGGGUAAGUCCAGCGUGAACAAUUGUAAACUAAUUUAAACCUGAAGAAAGACAUUUUCUUACAUAUUUAUAUUGAUGGUCUGUGUAUAUGCUUGUCAACUAACGAUUUCUUUUUGGCUUCUUUAGGCUAAACAAUAUUACAUGGUAAACGUAUAACAAUAUGAAUACAGUAUAAUUUCAUAGAAAACCCAAUAUGAAUUAAUUCUACUUUAUUUUCGAUAUAUACUUUAAUUUUAUAAGGCAUGAAUAAAUAAAGAAGAAAUAAGACUGUUUAUAAAACAAAUCUCUUAAAACAUUUGAAGAACAUAGGAGGGAUGGAUGUUAUGAUUUUUUGUCAGAGAAGCAAAUCAGCGAAAAUCAUUUUUUAUAUAUUUAUUAAUAUAUAAUGGACCACGCUUUAAUAUUACAUUUAAUAAACAUGUUUACCUAACAUUAACUAAGCAUUGUCUAGUUAAUUAGGCUAGCUAGCACCAACCCAUAAGUUGUAGCGGUCCUGUUAGACAAAGUGUCCCCUAAAUUGUAUGCCAUCUUUUCAACUAAAUUCAAUUAAUGAUCUUUAAUUAGUUUUGCUUUGCAAACUCUAAAUAAUCCCAUCUAAUUCUAACCCCAUCCUCCUCUAAGAGCAUCAAUAUCGCUGUUACUUAAAGCUGUUUUUUAGUAUUAUUAGGAUUUAAAGAAAAUAAAAAUUGCCUAUAAUUAGAUGAAACGUUUAAGGACAAUAUGAGCACGUGUCUCUUCUUCUCUUGAAAGAAAAUUGGACGGUACUUCUCCCACCGCAAUCACUCCAACCACCACCGCUUCCCUCCCUUUCCCAGUUCCCACGAUUAGUCGCCACUGCUAAUAAGAGCUUUACUAAUCAAUAGCUAGGAGCGAGAAUCUGUUUUCCUUCUGGAGAUAUCGGCGGCAAUAAUGAUAACGGAAACGGCAUUGGCGAUGGUUGGUGGUAGGUCUGGGCAUCUGAGUCUUCGGAUUGGGUUCGGAUUGGGUAUUGUCGGGUCCGGGUCUUUCGGGUCCUAGCAAUUUAGACUCAUAUAGGUACCUAUUACUUUUCGGGUCGGUUCCGGGUCGGGUCUUGUCGGGUCCGGGUCGGUUCGGGUCUAUAAUUUCAAUACCCGUAAAAUACCCAAAAUUUUCGGGUAUAUUUCGGAUCCGGGUCGGUUCGGGUAUUUAGGACCCGAAAUAGACCCGAAGUACCCGAACUGGACCCGAAAACUCUAAAAAAACCCGAAGAACCGCAAAAAUACCCAAAAAUUUAUCCAAAAUCAGGCCCAAAAACCCAAAACAUACACGAAUUUUACCCAAAUACCCAAAUUAUAUUUUCUAAAAAUCUAAAAUUUCACCAAAAACCUACAAUUAUACCCGAAAAUCCAAACCCGAAACUUAAAAAAAAUCCGAAAUACCAAAAGUAUACCCAAUCACCCAAAUAUACCUAGUAUAUACAAUUAUUUGCGGGUACUUCGGAUACCCGAACAGGUUUCGGGUAGGACCUGGACCCGAACCGAGACCCGCGGGUCAAAAAAAAAGACCCAAUAGGUACUUGGCAUGGACCCGGACCCGAACCUGUAUUUUCGGGUCGGUUCUGGUUCGGGUCUUCGGAUCCGGGUAAAAUGCCCAGGCCUAGUUGGUGGUUUAACGGUGGUGAUAAGUCUUGUCCUGCUUCUUCCAAUUAGGAUUAAUUCUGAUGACUCUUCUUACCACGCUUGAUUGAAUUGGGUUUUCAGUUGUAAAGGAAUUUAAGUUUCUGGGUUUGAUUGUUUGUCCAUAAAACUUUGAUCUUUGAUGAUAUCCUUUUGAGUUUUGCUUCAAUAAAUCUCUGUUCUUGCUUUGUUUAUUUACUAAGAGACGACAAAUGUAUCUACCAAUAAUCUACAUAUUUUCUAUUGUACCUUAGCAUUGUUUCUUAGUCGUCAAAUAUUAAUAGAAAAUGCUAAAAGACCAAAAUUUUGUCCAAUGAUAAUGUUGAUCUUAAGCAUCGGUUGUUGUCCGCACUUAAAGUCACUAGAACUGUUUGAAAAAGGACUUUUUGUGUUCUCGAGGUAACCUAAUCAAGCAUUUUAAACAAAGGUACUAAUAAGAGUUAAAAAUAAGUUUAAUUAAGCACCUGGUCAUUUGAUCAAAUACUUCACGUAGACAUUUUUUAAAAGAUGAAAACUUCCACCAGGUUAAUUAGUUUUUUUUUCUUUUGUAAAAAUGUAAAGUUAUUAUUACCAAUUUUCAGUUUUCGACAGAAUUACAAAGGUAACAAAAAAACAGAGAAAAGAAAAAAAUAAAAACUUAAACACCAACUCAAACUUGAUAAAAACCGGAGACAAACACAACAAGAAAAGCUACAAUCGGAGGUCUCAACUAAUCCGCACAACCGCUUGCCGCCAAAGAAGAAUCACAGUUAAUCCGAAAGUCAGAAUCCAGUAAUUUUGGCCUCCCCGAUGAUCCUUCUUUAUAAUUGACUCGACCAAAAACAGCUCGAGACAGACUUCCUAGCGUUGACCAACACGAACAGCAGCCUCUCAAAAGGCCUAGAACUCCCGCAUCACCAAGACCGAGCAAUUAUUAAAACGGAAUAAGCUCCGAAGAACCAUACGCCAAAGACCUGCACAAAAACCGGGUGAUAAGCAGUAACAGCAAUUACUUGACAGUUACUAACAA